UUGUUCAGUUCAGUUCAGUUGCCAGCAGCCACCAUGCAUCUCAAUGCCGGCGCUCCAGUUAUUGCUGUGGUGCUACACGCACUCCUAAUGAGUGCAGCCACCUUGGCUCAGACCGCUGCCGACAAGCGUUGUUCAGUAUCAAAUGCACAACAGUUCAAGCCUAUGUACGACCCUAUGCCAGGAAAAAUGCCGUACAUGCCAAUGUAUUAUCCCAUGCCAGGAAAAGAUGCAUAUCCAAACAUGUUCACUCCUCCCAUGUUCAAUUCCAUGCCAGGAAAAGAUGGGUAUCCUGAUAUGUUUACUCCUAUGAACAAUCCAGAUAUGCCUAAAGAGAAGGUGAGCGUGCAUGUAUUUUACACAACGUUUUGUAUGGACAGCCAGAACUUGAUCAUGAAUCAAAUUGCUCCGGGGGUGGCCAAAGUAUGAGGCUAAAGCUGACAUUGAAUUCAUACCUUGGGGAAAGUCAAUGAGUACAAUGGACGGUGGAUUCCGAUGCCAGCAUGGACCUGAAGAGUGCCGACAAAAUAUGAUUGAUUCUUGUGUUCUGAGCAACCUGGGGAAAGGUGCCAAGCAACUGCAGUACGUGGCCUGUCGUAUGCAGAUGCCCGCAUUUGAUGACCAUGUACAAAAGUGCGCUGAGCUCCAGCAAGUGAGUUGGUCUGAUGUGGUGUCAUGCACAACUUCCGGAAUGGGCAAAGACUUGCAGCUGGAGGCUGAACGAAUGACCCGCCAAAUGACUCCAGGGCCUCGUUUUGUGCCGACGGUGGUCUUCAAUAAGGUUUACAAUGAUCUCUAUCAAAUGGAGGUGGAAAGAGGAGGGUUUGACAAAGUCAUGUGUAUGGAUCUUCAAGCAUGCUGAAAGAAAUUCUAAGCUCUGUGCCAAGUACAAAUCAAAUUGUAGAUAGUAUAGUGAAUAUAGAUUAUAAUAAAUAAAUUGUAUAUGUUUAAGGAAUACGAACUCAAAUAAAACAUUUUGUGAAUGUUGA